AUGCGGCCCCUCACGGAAAAGGAGACCCAGACUCUCUUUGAGAAGCUGGCAAACUACACCGGCAGCUCGCUCAAGAACCUCAUCGCGCCGCUCGACGAUUCCCCCAACGCCGACCGCUACGUCUUCCGCCUCGUUCGCGAUCGCGUCUUCUAUGUGCGCCUGUCCAUCGCCAACCUGGCCACCUCGAUCGCCCGCGACAAGCUUCUGUCCCUGGGAACCUGCCUUGGCAAGUUUACCAAGUCGGGCAAGUUUCGCCUGCACGUCACGGCCCUCCCCAUCAUCGCCGAGCACGCCCGCUACAAGAUCUGGGUCAAGGAGAACGGAACCAUGCCCUUCCUCUAUGGCAGCAACGUGGUUAAGGCCCACGUCGGUCGCUGGUCCGAGGACUGCCCCGAGCACCAGGGCGUUGUCGUCUACAGCAUGAACGACACGCCCCUGGGCUUUGGCGUCACAGCGCGCAGCACGGCCGAGGCCCGAAGGCUAGAUCCCACAGGUAUCACCUGCUUCAGGCAGGCUGACUGCGGCGAGUACCUCCGAGACGAAGACAACUUGUUCGCGACGGGUUAA